CCUUCCCCUGACCGGCAGCCUGCAGCCAAUCAGCGCUCAGCGCCCGGAAAGCAGCGCUUUCAGGAAAGAUGGCGUCUGUUUCGGAACUGUACGAUGUGACUUGGGAAGACAUGCGUGACAAACUCCGGAAGUGGAGAGAGGAGAAUUACAGAAACAGUGAGCAGAUUGUGGAUGUGGGCGAGGAACUGAUCAAUGAGCAUGCCUCAAAACUUGGAGAUGAUGUCUGGAUAAUUUAUGAGCAGGUGAUGAUCGCAGCGCUGGACUGUAGUCGAGAUGAUUUGGCCUGGAGCUGUCUACAGGAGCUGAAGAGGCAGUUUCCAGAUAGUCACAGAGUGAAGCGAUUAGCGGGCAUGCGGCUUGAGGCUCUGGAGAGGUAUGAUGAUGCUAACAAGCUGUAUGACUCAAUACUGCAGGACGAUCCCACUAAUACGGCGGCGAGGAAGCGCAAGAUCUCCAUUCUGCGAGCGCAGGGCAAGAGCAGCGAGGCCAUCCGCGAGCUCAAUGAAUAUCUGGAGCAGUUUGUGGGAGACCAGGAAGCGUGGCAUGAGCUGUCCGAACUCUACAUCAACGAACACGAUUAUGCAAAAGCAGCUUUCUGCCUGGAGGAGCUGAUGAUGACCAACCCACACAAUCACCUGUACUGUGAGCAGUAUGCUGAGGUAAAAUACACCCAAGGGGGACUGGAGAACAUGGAGCUGUCUAGGAAGUAUUUUGCACAGGCUCUGAAGCUGAACAACAGAAACAUGAGGGCCUUGUUUGGCCUGUACAUGUCAGCAAGUCACAUAGCUGGCAGCCCUAAGGUCAGUGCAAAAGUCAAGAAGGACAAUGUGAAGUACGCUGCCUGGGCUGCGUCUCAAAUCAACAGAGCCUACCAGCUCGCCGGCCGUGGGAAGAAGGAGAACAAAUGCUCGGUGAAGGCAGUGGAGGAGAUGUUGGAGUCCAUGCAGAUCACCAUGUCCUAAGCCUCAACUCUCUCCUCUUUAGCCUCCGUCACCACAACAGCAUGGCAGCUCUCCCUGCACACUGCAGCGUACCACCACCCACAGAGCGGACCACCCUGACCGCCCCCGCCACACUCUACACUUCUACUACUCCUAUCUCCUCAGUUUCGUUUUCUUUAUUGUUUUUUUUUGUUUUGUUUUUUCCUAGGACCUACUUUCUAGUAGUCUAGCAGGGCAGCCCCCUAAGGAUCCUGGUCAAUCCACAUAUUCACACACACAUAUAUAUUUUUCCAGAUUCAAUGCACACUUAUGAUAAAUGUAUGUGCCGUAACAACAAGGGCCGGGCUGACUGGUCAGUAAGUGAGAAGCUACACACGCAGGUGUGUUUGGUUUGAAAGAAGAUCCACAAGGACUGCUGGGCUCGGCUAGUAGUGUUUUUUGGCAGCAGAAAUCGAUGACUAAUUUAGGAUCAAGGACGCUAAUGUGAAUAGACUGUAAAUGAUAUUUAUAGGUGGGGCAGAGGCGGCUUAUACUGGAACUAUGCCCUGUUUGUCCGAUGUCAUUUUUAAAAUCCGACCAUUAUACGUUUUGGUCACAUGUCUGUCCAAUUAAUUGACUAAUUAAAGUGAAUUUCACUAUUUGACCAACAA